AUGCCAUGGAAGACAGAUAGCAAGGCACGGCCCAAGUCUGGUGCGGAUUGCAUCCCAGUCCCCGUUCUGAGUUAUGAAGCCGGGAUUGCCAAAGGGUUGGACAGUCGCUCCAGCGCACGAGUUUUGCGUACCCAGGGACGCUCAUAUUCAUGCCCUGUGUCGCCGCUUGACAUCGUAAUUCCUCCGACUCUUGAUGUCUUUACUCCCAUCCCGCUCCCCGUUCAUAGACCUUUCGACGACCUUCUACCCAGGGAAGUCAAGUUACAUGUAUUCAAGCUGCUGGUUCUUUCCCAUGAGCAGGAGUACGAGAAACGCAUUGCUGAUGGUAAUUGGACGGCCUUAAAGGCGUCCGCGUCUAGAAAUCGGUGGGUGGGCAAGGACAAAGGGGUCCGAGAACUGGUCAAGUUCAGCAGGGUGUCCAAAUCUUGGCGCAGCCUCGUCUUUGACGGGCAGUUGUGGUCGGAAUUGGCCGUUACAGCAUUCCCCAAGCUCCCGCUGCCAGCUCUAUCUCGCGUCGUCAGUCAGUCGGGAGCCUUCAUGAGCACCAUCGACUUGACGGGUCAUACAACACUGUCUCCGGAGAGCCUAUUCAAGCUCAAUCACUCUCUUUGUAUCUCACCCGCACUUCCGGAUAAUCAGGCUGUCACUCAACUCAAGAACAUUAACUUACAGGGCUGCACGGCCCUGACGACCCGAUCCCUCCACGAUCUAUUGAUUCGGUCCCCUCACCUAGAGAACCUGUGUCUCAAAGGGCUCAGCGUCGUCAACAACACCACUUGUGAACUGUUAUCGACGCAUUGCCGUAGCCUUGUUUCCCUCAAUCUCAAUAGAUGCUUGAAUCUAAAUGCCGGCGGCCUUCACUCCUUGGUAUCUGGCGCCUCAGCCCGUGGAGAACGGUUACGUCUGAAGGAACUGCGAAUUUCUGGACUGAAGUAUAUCACUGACACCAUCAUGGCUGCAAUGGGCAAAGCCAUGCCCCACCUGGAGGUCUUGGACCUCAGCUACACUCGCGACCUUCAUAACUCGGCCUUGGACGCUUUCGUGUCGCUUCCCCUGGAGGAAGACGACCCGAACUCGAUCGUCCUGACCUCCCGCGAGAUAGGACGCGAUCCCGGCGACGUGACGAAAUACAGGAGACGAGUCACUCGCUUGAGACAUCUCUCACUGUCGCAUUGCCUCUUGCUUACCGACAUCGCAUGCUCUAAUUUGGCGCACUGCGUACCUCGUUUGGAAUUAUUUGAGAUGGCCGGUAUUGGCGGGCAUCUGAACGAUGAAGGGCUAAUCCGGAUGCUGAACACUACUCCUCAUAUCAGGAAGAUCGAUCUGGAAGACGCCAUGGAUAUCAGUGACGCUGUCCUGAGAAGUCUCACUCCAGUCAACCAUUCUCCUUCGCAACGGAAGUCGCCUGAGACGCCCCAGGUUGGUCAAGAACUGGAACACCUCGUGGUUUCAUACGCUGUCAACAUCACCAAUGAGGCGUUACUCGGUUUAAUUCGGAACUGCCCUAGGCUGCGCGUGCUAGAGGCGGAUAGCACACGAAUGACUGGUAAGACCCUGCAGGAAUUUGUGCGCCUCGCUCAUAGUCGUCGAAUGGCGGAUGCCGGAGUCGUAGCGAUCGACUGUCGUGGCGUCAGCGAGAGCGCUGUUACGGACGUCUCGAAGCUGACGAGGCCGCGGCUCGGCUGGCGAGCGCAUGAGGCGAAGAAGUUGGCAUAUCUGGAUGCCAGGGACGAUGAGGAUCUCGGCGUCGGCCAAGACGAGUGCGAUGAUAAGAGAGUCGUGGUGAAGACGUUCUACUCUUGGGAGACAGUUGAUGCGGUUCGAGUCGCGAGAGACAGGAAGCGCAAGACUAGGAGGGCCCUGAAUUCAUCUGGCAGUAGCGCAGAAGAUUACUUUUCGUCCAAGUCGCCGGGGCGUUCCAAGUGGUGGGCACCAGGCGGACGGCGACGGUCGGGGAAUAACUCACCGAGCCUCUUGGAUGUCAAUAACGACCGGGAUGGCUGUACCAUCAUGUAA